CCGGCAGGAAGAGAACAAAUGACUUUAGGCUAGCGCCGAUCGCGUAUUUGUCUGCAAACAAGUUUGUUUUUAAGAAUUUUCUGGCGGUACACAGUAAGGAGGCCAAACCUAAUUCGAAGUACGUGUAUCACGAGUCCAAGUGCCUUAAAUGUCAAAUGAAGAGGUGAAGGAUUACGUGGGUAGCUCCGAGGGCGCGUAACAGCUGGUAUGAUAUAGCAAGAGCAAAGCUGCUAAACACCUUCAUUGCCAAGAAUGGCUAGCAUUCUUAGCGUUGUUUUGUCCGAUUAGAGUUUGAUAAAUUGGUCGGCAAAACAGUAUCAUGGCAGAAAGGAAUAUGAAGAUGAAGAAAAGAGUCAUCAAAGAGGGGAUCCUUCAUAAAAAGACCAGCUUGCUGAAGCAAUGGCGUCCUCGGUUUGUAGUUUUGAACCGACAGAUGCUGUGCACUUUCAAGAAGGAAGACGACCAGAAAAGAGGACGAACUGCGGAAGCAAGGAUCUUCCUGAUGGACAUUGAAUCCAUAGAGAAGUGCGAGAGUAAGAAGCGCAAACACUGUUUUAAUUUGAUCGUAGAGGGGAAGCCUUUCUUCAGCUUCAGUUGUAGUUCUGAGCUGGACAGAGAAAUGUGGAUGCGAUCAGUACAGAUAGCUAAAGAGAACGAGCUCAACGAAGAGGAAAACGAUCCAAUAAGAAGAAAAAGCACCAAACUAACUGGAGGACUCAAACGGAUAACCAUCCAGAGAGAGAAAGGACAGGGGCUCGGUUGUACAAUUAAAAAUGUCGGUGGAGUUAUCCUUGUCAACAGAAUUCUCGAGGAUGGGCCUGUUUCGACUUCUGGCAUCCUAAGGCCGGGAGACCAAAUCCUUGAUAUCAAUGGGAUUGAAGUUGGCGGCCGCACUGUUUCGGAGAUAAGUGAAAUAAUCAAGGGAAGCCCAGAGCUAGUUGUUUGCACGGUGAAACCAUUCUCUGAUUACCGUUACUGCGACACACACUCAACAGGUCACACAGAAUACGCCGAAAUAGACUUGGAUUCUCUUAAAGCUAAGGGCAAUGACGACAGCAGCAAUUCGUCACAAGAUGGUGGCUCUGAUAGUCCACAGGAGUCCAAUGAUCAGAAAAUACAUAGUGAUGAGGUAAAGAAAAGACACUCACUACCAACUGUCUUGCCAGACAUUCAUUCUGCUAAAGAUUUUCAUAAGGGAGACACUGUCAACUAUCUCGAGCUAAACUUUCCCCAGAAUGAUCGCCCACGUGGCAGAAGCGAUGCAUCACGUUCCCCACAAGUGCCCCACAGAGCUGGCAGAGAGCGCAACAAGCCAGCUGCUUACAUAGAACUUGAGUUUAACAAGAAGGAAAAUAAGUUUCAAGAAGUUGGCAAAGAAAGUUCUGAUGCUAAAGCAGGAGACAGGAAAAGUUCUUCGCUACCUAGAUCAUAAGAAAUCGGAGCUGUAUGUAACUGUUUUUGUACAGGAUUUAACCUACUCAAUCACCACGAGUUAAAAGAGAAAUUUUUAGCUUAAAAUGUCAUUACACUUUCGAGAAGAAAGGUGAAGCUAAGAGUGAAAAUAUCAAGUAGGUAAUAUUAUUUGAUGUAACAACCAAAUUCCUAGAGCUAAAAAUUAUAAAACAUACAGAGUUGUCAUUAGAAACUAGGAGGCGGUGGAAUGCUAGCUGUCAGUUGUGUCCCAGUAUGGACAUAAUCAUGUCCCACGUCUUGGGAGAGUUUGAAAUUGCAAUUUUUUUCCAGGAAGAGGGUGCAACCAGACCCCCCUAGAAGUAAGGAGGGGGGGGGAAGUUUCUUAAGAAACUGUGGUGCUGCAUCAGUAGGAGAUUAUAACAAGGUAAUUUAGUCUUAUCAACUGAGUUGAUAACAUAAAUUGGCCAACAUUGGCUCUGACAAAGCACUAUUGCUUAAAAUAUGGGCUUUGAAUCUCUUCACGGUGGCCAAUGUACAUUAUCCACUCAUUUGAUAAUACUAAAUAACCCCCCCUCCUCCGCUUUGUGACAUACCAUGUUUGCUAUGCAAGCAUUGUUCAAUUGAGCCUUUUAGUCAGUUCAGAUUUUAAAUCUAUCCCAUUUCCUAAUGACAACCCUGGAAAUAUAAAG